AUGCUCACCCUGACGACCUGUGUCUACGCUCGCCCAGCGGGCUUGGACAUCGAGUGCGACGUCUAUGAAGAUGAUGAUUAUCCCGUUGCCUCGCCAGUGGUUCUCUUCUUCCACUCGGGCGGUUUAGUUGGAGGUUCGCGCAAAAGGCUCGGCCCAUGGAUCGUGCAGGCCUGCAAGCAGAGAAAAUGGACUUUAAUCAGCGCAGACUACCGUUUCCUCCCCCAAGCCAAGGCAACAGAUCUCCUCGAAGACGUAGCCGCAGCGUACACCUUUGCCCGGAACUGGAAAGCCCCGAUUCUUCAUGGCGACCCUCGCAGCCCACCACCUCCACCCCCACCUCUCGCCCUAUUCGGCAUCACACCCAUCACCACCUUCCAACACCCCUUCUUCUCUUCUUCCAUCCUCUUAACCCCCGAGCCCCUCACACCCGAAUUCAUGGGCUCCACCCUCGACCCUCACGGCCCCAUCCUCCACCACCUCGAGAACGGCCCCACCCCUUCGACCCGGACCGGCUCACCCCGCCGGCACCAAAACCCGCACUACGUGACCCCCGUCGAAAUGCCUCUCGAUCACCCCCGGUGCUUCCACCGAGGAACCCCGCUGCGGGGCAAACCCUGGCCGCCCACCGUGCUCAUCCACGGCGACGACGACUACGACGUGAGCAUGGACGUGAGCGUGCACAUGGCCCAGUCCCUCGGCGAAGACAGAAUCAAGCUCUUGCUCGCCGAGCGCCAGGGCCACCUGUUCGAGUCCGAAUCGUUCCUCGAAGACGACGGGGAAGGCGCGGAGGCCAUGGCGGUGGUGAGGAGGCGGUGGAUUGCCUGGCCGCCGUCGUCUCGGGCUCCUCGUAGGGAAGCCAUUAGCCGAAGGCAGAAGUGCCAGCAAACCCUUGCCUACCCGGCCAUGCUACCUCUCUCUCUCUCCUCUCACUAUUCGUGA